AUGGACUCCAUCUACACUUACUUUGGCGCCGAAGGUUUAUUUCAGACGGCAAAUGCAAACGAGACUGAUUCCAUGAUCGUCGAAGACGUCCCCUACUCGGCCAUGCGGGCCAUCGAGGAAGCACGUGAGAGGUACGGCGGCACUCGAGCGUUUCGAUUCCACUACUGGCCUCCGCUGCAGCGGUUGCAUGUCACAAGAGUGACACGUGGGCGCCAGACGGCGACCGAAGCGUUCCGGAUGGCGCUCUCCAUCAAACUCUCGGCCAUGGGCGUGCCCACUGGCUACAUCAAAGUAGACGGCAGUGGCGGCGCCGUGUCCUGGCACGGACCCUGGGCGUGCCGUGCCCGCGAAGGGAUGCAACACUUUGCUCCACCAUGGUAUGGUGGCUGUGUCGAUGCGGGCGAUUAUGUUAUGGAGGACCACAACCGCGAGGCGCAGCGAAUCGACCACUGCGAUUCCGGCAGCUUGGACAUACCCCAGGAUGGCAACGACAGUAUGUCCGACGGGAUAAGCAGCAUAAAUACUGUCGAGGACGAAGACAACGACAGCAUCGAUGACAUAAACAGCGCCAACAACGUCGCCAGCUGCAGCUCAGAAACUCCUCUUUGUCAAAGACUGUGCCCUGCUCGAGACGAUUACGAAGUCUAUGGACACUACGGCGAAGAAAAUGUCUUCCUCCGAGGCACGGCCGAGCCCGACAACAUGCUGGUGCCGCUUCAGCGUCUGCGGCAGCACCCAGCGGAACGCCCCGGGUACUGGCCCACGCUCAUCAUCGAAACGCACCUGAGCGGCUCGCGCCAGACGCUGGAGGACAAAGUGCACUGGUGGUUCACGACCUCGGAGAAGAGAGUCCGGGUCGUCAUUGUCGUGUACGCCAACAUGGACGACAGAGAGGUCCAGAUUGCCAAGUUUACGAGCCCGCACGAGGAGCCCGAGGUGCGCACCGUGCAAUUCCGCGGACAUGAGCUGGCAGACCGUCUGGCGGCGGCGGCCGGACGGGCCACGACCAUGCACACCUACUGGGAGAUCCACGGCGGCCCACUGGUGAUUGCGUUUGACGACAUGUUUGUGCGGCCGCCCUUGUCCGACGGCGUCACGCGGCGCGAGACGGCUGUGGUGUUUGAUGAGGACGACUUGGCCGAGGUGGCCGACGAUGUGGUGGGCGGGGACGAAGGCGACUGGUACGACGCUGUGUAA